CCUUAAACAGCACAGAGAAACCAUGUCUGCGUCCAUAACAAAGAAGUUCUACAAGUUGGACAUCAACCGGACGGAAUGGGAGAUCCCGGAGAUAUAUCAGGAGCUGCAGCCCGUGGGAUCGGGAGCCUACGGACAGGUUUCGAAGGCCAAGGUGCGGGGCACCAACAUGCAUGUGGCCAUCAAAAAGCUGGCCAGGCCCUUUCAAUCCGCCGUCCAUGCCAAGCGGACGUAUCGGGAGCUGCGGCUGCUGAAGCACAUGGAUCAUGAGAACGUCAUAGGAUUGCUGGACAUAUUCAAUCCGCAUCAGGCGAACGCUUCGCUGGAGAACUUCCAGCAGGUCUACCUGGUCACCCACUUGAUGGACGCCGAUCUGAACAACAUCAUACGGAUGCAGCACCUGUCCGAUGACCAUGUUCAGUUCCUGGUCUACCAGAUACUCCGCGGCUUGAAGUACAUCCACAGCGCGGGAGUGAUCCAUCGUGACCUAAAGCCCUCGAACAUUGCAGUCAACGAGGACUGCGAGCUGAGGAUUCUAGAUUUCGGAUUGGCGCGUCCCACGGAGAACGAGAUGACGGGCUAUGUGGCCACGCGUUGGUACCGCGCCCCCGAGAUCAUGCUCAACUGGAUGCACUACAACCAGACGGUGGACAUCUGGUCGGUGGGCUGCAUCAUGGCGGAACUUAUCACCCGACGCACCUUGUUCCCCGGCACCGAUCACAUCCACCAGCUGAACUUGAUCAUGGAAAUGCUGGGCACGCCACCGGCCGACUUUAUGAAGAAGAUCUCCUCGGAGAGCGCACGCUCCUACAUCGCCUCACUGCCGCCCAUGAAGAGGCGCAGUUUCAAGAAGGUCUUCGAGAACGCCAACCCACUGGCCAUCGAUCUGCUGGAGAAGAUGCUGGAGCUGGACGCCGAGAAGCGGAUCACCGCCGAGGAGGCACUAGCCCAUCCGUACCUGGAGAAGUACGCGGAGCCCAGCGACGAGCAGACAUCGCCGCCGUACGAUCACAGCUUCGAGGACAUGGAUCUGCCGGUGGACAAGUGGAAGGAGCUGAUCUACAAGGAGGUCACCAACUUUAAGCCGCCGCCCUCGUUUGCUCAGGUUCUCAAGGAUGUCAAGUGAAACCCCAUAAGGAUUUCAAGUAUUAAACAGGGCCAUUUAUUUUUUAUACCGUUUUAUAUUUACUUAUAGCUUUGUUCAAACGAUGCCUUUUGUACUCAAAUGUAGUUUUCCUGUUUUGUACGAUGUUUUAUCAAUUUAUUAUGGCUUGCCACUAAUGUUGUACUGUAGAUUUUACAAUAAAUUCGUUUUUCAAAAAACAAAGUUUUUCAAAAUGUCACGAAAUUAA